AUGGGCAAGCCAACUCUGGUGCUGGAUCUCGAUGGAACGCUGAUUUGCGCUCGUAGGCUGAAAAACUCCUCAGGUAUGGGAGCUGACAUGGUAGUUGAGGGCUAUGCCGUCUACAAGCGUCCGGGCCUUGACAAAUUCCUGCGAGACAUGGCAAAGCUGUAUGAGAUUGUCAUCUUUUCCUACAACUACGAGCCUUAUGUGAAUGGCAUAGCGGACAAGCUGGAUCCCACGGGAACUUUGAUCUCCCAGAGGCUUAGCAGGGAAUCGUGCCCUACCAGGAGCAAAGAUCUGAGCGCCCAAGCAUUCGGACGCGAUUUAGCGAGGGUGGUGUGGCUUGAUGACACUGAGACGGCUUUUGACAAGCAGCCGGGGAAUGGGCUGGUGGUUCCCAAUUUCAUGGUUGAGAUGAGCAAUGGAAAGGACAGCUUGUUUGAGGAUUUGCGGCCACACUUGGACGCCAUUGUUGCCAACUGUGGAGAGGUGGAUGUUCCAUCUGCGCUCCAGAAGAUUGGGAGAAUUCAAGUUAGGAGUGCAAGUGGGAAACCUUGGGUUGUUCGUGUCAAUCAACGCCCAGAGAGAAUAAAUAUUUAA